GUGCGGGGGUUACAGUUGAUCCAAAACCAUUAUCCCCCACAGCAGCCCAGCUUCGCCCCAAGUCCCCUCUCCUGGAGACCCUCCCCGCACGGAGCCCCCUCCCUCUCCCUGAGCCUCCCUCCUGUCCCAGCUGGGCCCCGAUUCCCUCACAAGCCCCCUCACUAGGUCCCUGGCGAGUCCCCGGGGCACGGCCUCAGUUUCUCUUAUCGUGGGGGAGACUCCUCGGGCGCCGGCCGGUUCCCAGACCCGGAGUGGGCCCUGAGCCAACCCAGGCCCCGCGGCCGCCGAGAGUUAACUGGGGCGCGGGGCGGGGCGCGGCCGGGCGCGGGGCGGGGCCGCUAGACACCCUCACCCGGUGGCCGUGCCGCCAUGGCCGCCGGCCCCGCGCCCCCCGGCGGGCGCCCCCGCGCGCAGAGGCUGCAUCUGAGCAAGAUGGAGCGAGUGGUCGUGAGUAUGCAGGACCCCGACCAGGGCGUGAAGAUGCGGAACCAGCGCCUGCUCAUCACCGUCAUCCCCCACGCGGUGGCCGGCAGCGACGUCGUGGAGUGGUUGAUCCAGAAGUACUGCAUCUCAGAGGAGGAGGCCCUGCACCUGGGCACCCUCCUGGUGCAGCACGGCUACCUAUACCCGCUGGGCGACCCCCGCAGCCUUGUGCUCCUGCCCGACGACACACCCUACAGGUUCCAGACACCCUAUUUCUGGACGAGCACCCAGUGGCCAGCUGCCGAGCUGGACUAUGCCAUCUACCUGGCCAAGAAGAACAUCCGAAAGCAGGGGGCCCUGGUCGACCACGAGAAGGAGCACUAUGACCAGCUGCACAGGAGGAUCAGCCACACAUGGGACCUGGUAGUGAUGCAGGCGAGGGAACAGCUGCGAGCAGCUAAGCGGCGCAGGAAGGGGGACAGGCUGGUCAUCGCCUGCCAGGAGCAGACGUACUGGCUGGUGAACAGGCCCCCGCCUGGGGUCCCCAGCGUGCUGGAGCAGGGUCCAGAGAGGGCCUCCUGCACUGCCAGGCGAGUGCAGAUGACCAAGAACACAGCUUUCUACAGGUGGGAGAUCGAGUACUGCAGAAAGGCGCUGGGCCGGACCCGGGUGAAGUCCUCCGUCUGCCUCGAGGCGUACCUGAAGUUCAGCAGCCAGCACCAGCCACAUGACCCUAUCGUGUCGGGCUGCCUGCCCAGCAACCCCUGGGUCACAGACAGCGACACCUACUGGGUUGUGAACGCACCCAGUGUGGCUGCGCCCACAAAGCUCCGCGUGGACCGAUGGGCCUUCAGCUUCCGGGAGCUCUUGGAAGACCCUAUGGGCCGGGCCCAUUUCCUGGACUUCCUCAGGAAGGAGUUCAGUGCCGAGAACCUCAGCUUCUGGGAGGCGUGCGAGGAGCUGCGCCAUGGUGGGCAGGCCCAGGUCCCCGCCCUGGCAGACGCCGUGUACCAGCAGUUCCUGGCCCCUGGUGCCACCCGCUGGGUCAACAUCGACAGCUGGACGAUGGAGCAGACCCUGGAGGGGCUGCGCCGGCCCCACCGCUACGUGCUGGACGACGCCCAGCUGCACAUCUACAUGCUGAUGAAGAAGGACUCCUACCCACGGUUCCUGAAGUCUGACAUGUACAAGGGCCUGCUGGCGGAGGCCGUGAUCCCGCCGGAGACCAAGAGAUGGGUGUUCCCGUUCAUGCGGAAGCCUAGGCGUUCGAGCCCCAGCCCUGCUCUCCUUCUCGCCUCCGGGGAGCCCGCGGCUGCUGCUUGCGGCCCUGCGGGUGGUGAUGGGGAGGCCUAGGUGGGCCUGACGAUGGAGGAGGUGGCUGUCCUCAACACUCCUCUUGUCCGGGGUCCUGGCAGCUGCUGAGACCCCGGCAUGGGCGUCUGCUCCUGCCCAGAGGGCCUGGCCUUGCUGUGGGGCACAGGAGCCUCUCUUGGGCUUCCACUGUCCCUUGAGCCCUCCCCUCCCCAGGUGCGGGUCCCAGGGUGGGGCGUCAUUGGCCGAGCUCCGGUCACCUGGAGGACGGAGAGAUGGGAUGGGCAAACCAGACCAAGGCCACGCAGUGCUCCUGGCAUUCUGCAGUCUUCAGUUAGGCGCCGGGUGUCCAGUCCCAUCUCCAGAACCAUUAAAUCGCAGCGAACACCUGGGAGCAGGAUGCACAGAGGGUGGCUUCCUGCAGGGGCCACUUGCCGUGUGGGGAGGACAUGCAGGCCUCAGGCAAGUUCACCCGCUCCACUCGCCCGGGUGACUCUGAAGGGGACCCACGGAGAUGGGGGCCCACAGAGCUCCCCUAACUCCACAGGGCCAUGCUCAGCCUUCCAGCGAGUGCAGAGCCGGCCCUGCAGGGAUCGCCCUCACCUUGGCCGUCACUGCGCGUCCCAGACCGUGUCCCGAAGGUGCACCUCCGUCUGGUCUCCUUGAGGCUGCGGCUUCUCCACCAGAGUUGUACAGAGAUGGCUCCGACGUCGUCACCCGUCUGACAACCGUCCUGUGCACAGCCAGGGCAGGUCUUUGCCAGGGCUGGCAGGCGGAGCCUUCGGGGAAAGAGGUGGUGACACCAAUUGUGAUCCCAUGGAGGGCCCCCCCAGACUCAGGGUGAAGGUGCAGCCACUCCUCUGGGGGUGCAGCUCUCACUGACUCAACUGGGGCACCACCCUUCUCACAGGGCUGGCCCAUGCCCUCCAUCUCCGGCCCACGCCUGACACAAAAAUAAAAGACCCUUGGCCCUCACUCUAGGCCGUACUGCUGUGUUCCAAAUCAUGGUGUGAGUGUACGUGUAGGGUGUGUGCCUAUGUGUGUGUGGGGUGUGUGCAUA